UCUUUUUCUUUCCGUUCUUCCCACCGUUUCUUUUCUUUUCUUUUUUUUUCUAUUACUUCUUUUUAUCAUUUCAAUUAUGAUUGGUGAUUGUUGUCUUAUUUUGAUUAUCUUAUUGUUACCUCCUUUGGGUGUAUUCUUUAUGAAAGGAUGCAAAGCUGACUUUUGGAUCAACUUAUGUUUAACUAUUCUCGGUUAUAUUCCAGGCCACAUCCAUGCUUUCUACGUGUUGGUCAAAGAACGUGAAAGACGUCAACACGUUACUUAUACAGUCGUCAACAAUCCUCCACCAGGUCAAUAUGGUGCGGUACCUCCUGCUUAGUUAGAUUUAUGAUGAUCCAUAUAUUUAUUUAUAUAUAUAUAUCCUCUUUUUGUAUUCUCAUAAUUGAAAUAAAUGAAAACGUGUUUAUCCUUUG